GUAAGGGCUGUUCGGACUCGUCCCGUUGACGACGUGGCAGCACGCGAGUGGCUGUCUCCAUCUGUGCAGUUCGCGUGUUCUUCUCCUCGAGGACUCCGAAAUCCUAAAUAAAAAAAAAAUUUCGAAAGCUCGAAGGCGAUUGCGAUGGCGAUGGCGAAGCCUUGAUCUCCAAAUCCAUCUCUUCAAAUCGAAAGGCAACCCUGCGUCUUCUCUCUUUCACUGGAGCUGUAGAUCGGUAUUAUCUUCGCUGGCGAGGUCGCAGAUUCCGGCGUCGUUUCAUCCCCCGAUCCUUCUCCAAAGCCCAAUCCACAUCGGUUCGCUUCCGUUCCAAAACGACGAGAAGCAAUCCUCCCCAAAACCAUUGAGAAUCGUCCCAAUCUUAACAAGGUUAAGUUAAAAUGGGACAUUACAGCUAUACGCAGCCAUCAGAAGAGGAGGAUUUAUUUGGAAACAAUGAGGACAGUGACUACAGCGAGACGGAUGAUCUCAUACGACGUGACCAAGCUGAGUUAAGCUUGGAACGUACUCAACCGGUUGACUACCCUCCGCAACCGGAGGUAGAGUUUGGUUUUCCGCAGGUUUGCUAUUGUGGUGCUACGCCACUGCUAGCAACGUCUAACAACAGGCAAGAUCAAGGCAGAAGAUUUUUCACUUGUGCGAACAAAGACGACGGCGAUUGCCAUGUCUACAAAUGGUGGGAUGAGGCGCUGAUGGAGGAGAUGAGAGCCAGAGAUAUCCACGUGCUUCAGCUAGGUGAAAAGGUAGAAAGCCUAACCCUUUUGAGUGACUAUGACACAGAGCAGAAGAUACGAAACCUAGAGAAGAUUGUGGGUGAUAUGGCUAAGGAGAAAUCUUCUUUUAGUUAUGGGUUUGAGUGCUUUGUAAUAGGCAUAGUUGUUCUUGUUGUUGUAAUAGGCUUGGUUGUUAUGUUUGGAUAAUUUAAACUUCUCUAACCGGCAUGGUUUGGGUUUUUACCGGAUGUUAAGGAUAUGGUUUUGUACUCUUUAAUAUAACGCAUAAGUUUGUUUAAUUGUCCUCAAAUAGAAUGGCUGAGAAUAACUAACAUGAUCGAGUUUCUUACUUGUAACAUAACUCAUUUGUAAAUUAAAAUGGGUGACAACUAGAAUGAAAGCUGACAACGAUAAUGGUUUAUUUGUGCUCGUGACCAAAUAGCACAAAGCUACCACAUGUUUAUUUCUUUUAUAACCAUAAGUCACAAGUUCAGAUUCUUUGUACCAAUAAGUGAGUUGAUAAGUCACAUGUUUAUUUUGCUUUCUACCAAUAAGUCACAAGAUGUAGUAAAGAGUUAAUAUCAAUAUUCAUUCACGGGAGGAUUCGUAGACACUUCUUCUUUAUCAUAUAAGUAUUGACACUUCUUCUCUCAUCUUCUCUCAUCUUCUCUGAAAUUCUAAACACUUUUUUAUCUUUUGUUAAAAUUUUCUAUGGCUUCUUCUUCACAUUAUCAUUACCACAAAGAUAAUGAUGAUGAAUUAGAUGACAUAUUUGAAGAUUUAUGUGAAGAAUAUAUUGAUUUCAAUCCACAACCAAAAGAGCGAAAAACACGAGUUUUUAUCGAGAGACACCGGGAGGAAGGCCAUCAGAAGCUCUGGAAUGAUUAUUUUAGCGAGACUCCAACAUACCCGCACAAUAUAUUCCGGCGACGGGUUCGAAUGAACAAGGCAUUAUUCUUGCGUAUUGUGCAUCGUCUGUCUACAGAAGUUGAGUACUUUCAACCCAGAGUAGAUGCAACCGGACGGUCGAGUCUAACUCCGCUGCAAAAAUGUACCGCAGCAAUACGUCAAUUGGCGUAUGGUGGUGGGUCUGACACAGUUGACGAAUAUGUCCGAAUUGGAGAAACAACAGCUCGAAGAAGUUUGCACAAUUUCGCCGCGGGAAUAAUCGACUUGUUUGACGAUGAAUACCUAAGACGUCCCACACCGGAGGAUCUGCAAAGACUACUAUAUAUUGGAGAACAACGUGGGUUUCCAGGGAUGAUUGGAAGCAUCGACUGUAUGCAUUGGGAGUGGAAGAAUUGCCCCACGGCUUGGAAAGGAAUGUAUUCACGAGGAACCGAUAAACCAACGAUUGUCUUGGAGGCGGUAGCUUCAUAUGACCUCUGGAUUUGGCACGCGUUUUUUGGAGCUCCAGGUACUAUGAACGAUCUUAAUAUUCUCGAUCGAUCACCCGUUUUUGAUGACAUUAUUAACGGAAUAGCGCCACAAGUUAACUUCCAUGUUAAUGGUAAUCCAUACAAUUUGGCAUAUUAUCUCACCGACGGUAUUUAUCCGAAAUGGGCUACUUUUAUUCAAUCUAUCCGA